GAUAGCUUCUCGUCUCUCUCAAUUACAACCAAGAGAAGUACCCAUGAUAGCUCCUCGUCUCUCGCAAUUAUAACCAAGAGAAGUACCCAUGAUAGCUCUUCGUCUCUCGCAAUUACAACCAAGAGAAGAACCCAUGAUAGUUCCCCGUCUAUCUCAAUUAUAACCAAGAGAAGUACCCAUAAUAGCUCCUCGUCUCUCUCAAUUGUAACCAAGAGAAGUACCCAUGAUAGCUUGUCAUCUCUCUCAAUUGUAACCAAGAGAAGUACCCAUGAUAGCUAUUCGUCUCUCUCAAUUACAACCAAGAGGAAUACCCAUGAUAGCUUCUCGUCUCUCUCAAUUACAACCAAGAGGAGUACCCAUGAUAGCUCCUCGUCUCUCUCAAUUGUAACCAAGAGAAGUAUCCAUGAUAGCUCCUCGUCUCUCUCAAUUAUAACCAAGAGGAGUACCCACGAUAGCUCUUCGUCUCUCGCAAUUACAACCAAGAGAAGAACCCAUGAUAGUUCCUCGUCUAUCUCAAUUAUAACCAAGAGGAGUACCCAUGAUAGCUCCUCGUCUCUCUCAAUUAUAACCAAGAGGAGUACCCAUGAUAGCUCCUCGUCUCUCUCAAUUAUAACCAAGAGAAGUACCCAUGAUAGCUCCUCGUCUCUCUCAAUUACAACCAAGAGAAGUACCCAUGAUAGCUCCUCGUCUCUCUCAAUUAUAACCAAGAGAAGUACCCAUGAGAGCUCCUCGUCUCUCUCAAUUACAACCAAGAGGAGUACCCAUGAUAGCUCCUCGUCUCUCUCAAUUACAACCAAGCGAAGUACCCAUGAUAGCUUCUCGUCUCUCUCAAUUACAACCAAGAGGAGUACCCAUGAUAGCUCCUCGUCUCUCUCAAUUUUAACCAAGAGAAGUACCCAUGAUAGCUCUUCGUCU